AUGCCAGUUGGGUAUAAUCCACAGGCUACUUGUGCUUAUCACUCAGGAGCACCUGGUCACUCCACGGCCAAUUGUCGACUCCUUAAACAUAGGAUUCAAGACAUACUCGAAGCAGGGGAAAUUGUGAUUAGGAAAAGAGAAGAGCAAGGACCGAAUGUGAGCAAGAACCCCUUGCCGGAACACCCUGAUACUGUCGGAAUUAUUAUGGAUGAUGAGGAAUUUGAGGAGCUUGUCCGAAACAUGUCAAAUGAGACAGAAGUGUUUGGGAUAUUGGACAAACCUUUUGUGAUAGAGGAGGCAUCGUAUGAGGAAGACAAACGACCCUUCAUUUUAGACCUAACUCCAUCCGAAAGUGCGGCCUUAGAACUUGUGAUAAUUGAAUUCCUAGAACAAGUGCCAGUUUUAAGUCUACAACAAGUGCCGUGGAAUUAUAGUGAGCCCGUUUUGCAAAUCGGAGGCAAACCAGUUUUGAAGGAAGAAGUGUCUCUUGUUACGAGGUCAGGGAAGAUUACAAGUCCAUCCGCUGCUAGCGCCCCAGUUCAAGUAAGCAAUCAUGAGCCGACUACCAAACCUGCAGUGACCGAAAGAGAAGCGUGGGAUUUUCUCAAGAGGCUUAAGAGAAACGAAUAUAAUGUGGUUGAGCAGCUGAACAAAAUGCCUGCCCAAAUUUCCAUUUUAGACUUGCUUUUCUCCUCCGACUUGCAUAGGGAUGCAUUACUUGAAGUGUUGACCAAGGCUCGUAUUCCUAAGGAUAUUUCGGUUGACAAUUUCUCGCACAUGGUUGAAAAUGUAUUGGCUGCUAAACAAAUCACUUUUUCUGAUGAAGAGCUGCCUGCGGAAGGAACUGGUCAUAAUAAAGCCUUAUAUGUAGCUGUGAGGUGCAAUGGAAAAAUGUUGCCUAAAGUAUUGAUCGACAAUGGGUCUGCCCUCAAUAUUUGUCCUUGGAGCACGUUGGUGAAGUUAGGGCUGCAAGAUGUUAGAUUAAAACCCUCAGAAAUCGUAGUACGAGGAUUCGACGGAGCCCAAAGAGAGUCCAUAGGGGAAGUAAAUUUGGUGGUCGAAAUGGGGCCCGCUCAAUUUCAGAUAGCUUGCCAAGUUAUGCACUUUCCCAGUGUCUAUAAUGUUUUACUCGGGCGACCGUGGAUUCAUAGCUCGGGCGUUGUGCCCUCUUCCUUGCAUCAAGUAUUGAAAUUCGUGGUGAACGACCAGCUGAUUACCAUUUUUGCUGAAGAAGAUUGCAUUGUAAUUGCCGAUUCCGAGCCUGAGGAGGAUGGUGACCGAAAUGCCUCUGUGUCUUCCUAUCGUGCAGCUGAUAUUGUCUCCGUGAGUUGGGUAACAAGUGAGGACUCAAAAGACAAAAUGUCAUGA